UUCCUCAUGAGUAGAAUGCUGUUGAUGGCUCAUCACUGUUAACUGACAUUUCCUCAAUUAAUGUUCUGACCAGUUUUCGCAGGAGGUUCCAGGACUCUGGAGCACAUGUCCAAAAGAAAUGGAAUGAAGGGGACCGUGGACAGGUGCACAGAAAACGGGGUGGUGCCACCCAGAAUGGACAUGACCCUGACGGAUUUGCAGGAGAUGGUGUCGAGACAGCAGCAGCAGAUCGACGCCCAGCAACAACUCCUGGCCUCCAAGGAGCAACGCCUGCGGUACCUGAAGCAGCAGGACCAGAGACAGCAGCAGCAGGCCUCGGAGCAGGAGAAGCUGCAGAGGCUGCGGGAGAACGCGGAGAGCCAGGAGGCCAAGCUGAAGAAAGUGCGGGCCCUCAAGGGCCAGGUGGAGCAGAAACGCCUCAGCAACGGCAAGCUAGUGGAGGAGAUUGAGCAGAUGAACAGCCUGUUCCAGCAGAAGCAACGGGAGCUGGUGGUGGCUGUCUCCAGGGUGGAGGACUUGAGCCGCCAGCUGGAAAUGUUGAAGAACGGCAAGAUGGAUGCCUUCCACGACAACCAGAGCUCCGCAGCAGAGCUGGACCGGCUCUACAAGGAGUUGCAGCUGAGGAACAGGCUGAACCAGGAGCAGAAUGCCAAGCUGCAGCAGCAGAGGGAGAGCCUGAACAAGCGCAACCUGGAGGUGGCGGCCAUGGACCGGCGGGUCAGCGAGCUGAGAGACAGGCUGUGGAAGAAAAAGGCGGCGCUGCAGCAGAAGGAGAACCUGCCCAAUGGCAUUCCUGUUAAAGACAAGUCUUCAAAAGGCACCCAACAGCUUCCCUCAGAUGGACAUGCCCCACAGCCAGGCGGCCCCUCCAGAGUGGCUGCAGUGGGCCCCUAUAUCCAGUCCUCCACGAUGCCCCGUGGGCCCCUGAGGCAUGAACUGCUGGUGAAGCCAGCCUACCCUGACGGCACCGCCACCCUUCCAAUCCAGGACGGUCCCCUGAAAGGCCAAGCCAGGAGCUCUGCGGGGCCAGCUGGCAAACCCCCCUCAGGAGCAAAGGGUACCAGGGCAUCCCCAGUACCCAGGAUGGACCCUGACAGUGACGUGACUCUCAGCUCAGAAGGGGUUGGCCUCCAGACGGCAAAGGUGUCCAAGUUCUCUGAGUGGAGCAACUCCAGCACGGAGUCCUGUGGCAGUUAUGGUUCCUGUUCCACGCUCCCACGUAUGUCCACCCACAAACCAGCAGACCAAGAGGACAUGCUGAAGAAAGACAAAGACAUGAAGGUCCGUCCCUUUUCCCUGUUGGACACUGCUGAGCUGUCCACCGCCUCCUUGCGCAAGAACCAGAGCAGCGACGACCUCUUGAGGGACGCCCAGAACGCAGGGAAAGGCCCGGCCAAGGUGCCGCCGCCGGUGCCCUGCAAACCCAAGCAGGUCAGCCUGCCGUCCGGGGGCCACCCCGCCUACGGUAAGCCGUCCCUGGGCACGGGGACGUUCCCCGGCAAGGCCAGGCCCGCCGGCCAGCACCAGCCCCCCGGGCCGGCGUCCGCCCCCCUCAGGGCCCCCGCGCCGGGCCCGUCUCAGAGCCAUACCCUGCCGCUGCCGCCCAAGCAGGAGCCCCCGCCAGCGGCCAAGGUGCGGCCCUUCACUCCGGAGCUGCCCGUCCCCAGGGAGCCCAGCCCCCAGGCCUUCCACAAGCCUCCGAUGGUGGCAGCCAGCUCCAUCUACUCCAUGUACACCAUGCAGCCCACGCCCGGGAAGAGCUUCCAGCCGCCCGUGCAGGGCGCACAGACUCGCGCGCAAUCCCGUGUGUAUGGGAAGCCAGUCAUCCCAGGAGGAGGGCAGCAGUCCCAGUACCCCGACAACCCCUACACGGAGCGGCCUGCGGGCCCCGAGACGGAGGUGGAUCAUGGAAGCGGCGCCCCCUCUGGUGAAGCCCAGGAGACGGAGCGCACCCCGCGGCCCCUCAGCCCCACCAAGCUGCUGCCCUUCAUCUCCAACCCGUACCGCCACCAGAGCGAUGUGGACCUGGAGGCCCUGCGCAAGAAGCUGUACCACGCGCCACGGCCGCUAAAGAAGCGCAGCUCCAUCACCGAGCCCGAGGGCCCGAGCGGGCCCAACAUCCAGAAGCUGCUCUACCAGAAGACCACGCUCGCCGCCAUGGAGACCAUCGCCGCUGCCCCCUUCUACCAGCCCCGACCCGCAGAAGAGGAGGAGGAGGGCGGGGCCGCGCUGGCCGCGGAGACCACUCCCGGCAGCGGCGCAGCGACCGAGGGCACGUCGGACAUGCCGCAGCCGCCCGUCCCUGAGGGCGGGGAAGAGGAAGUGGCCCCCCCGCUGCCGCCGCCCCCCGUCUGCCCCACGCCCGCUCCAGAGGACCUGCCCAGCCUCCCGCCUCCCCCUCCCGGCGAGGACGAGCAGGAACCCGGUGUGCCUCCUCCGCCGGAGGCCUUCCUGGAGGAGUACCCGCCCUAUCCUCCUCCCCCUUACCCCAGCAGCGGGGAGCAGGACAGCCUGGGGGAGGACACCUUCAGCAUGCAACCCCCUGAGGUCACAGGACAGGUCACCUUGCCACCGGGCAAGAGGACUAACUUGCGCAAGGCGGGCUCAGACCGCAUUGACCAUGGCAUGCGGGUCAAGUUCAACCCCCUGGCCCUGCUGCUGGACUCCUCCCUGGAGGGCGAAUAUGACCUGGUGCAGAGAAUCAUCUAUGAGGUGGAAGACCCCAGCCUACCGAACGAUGAGGGCAUCACUGCCCUACACAACGCUGUCUGCGCCGGGCACACCGAAAUCGUCAAGUUCCUUGUGCAGUUUGGCGUCAACGUCAAUGCGGCGGACAGCGAUGGCUGGACACCCCUGCACUGCGCCGCCUCCUGCAACAACGUGCAAGUGUGCAAGUUCCUGGUGGAGUCGGGGGCCGCCGUGUUCGCCACCACCUACAGCGACAUGCAGACAGCAGCAGACAAGUGCGAGGAGAUGGAGGAGGGCUAUGCCCAGUGCUCUCAGUUCCUGUAUGGCGUCCAGGAGAAGAUGGGAAUAAUGAACAGGGGCGUGGUCUAUGCCCUAUGGGACUACCAAAAUGAAAACGAUGAUGAGCUUUCCUUCAGAGAGGGUGACUGCAUGACUGUUGUUAGGCGGGAGGAUGAGGACGAGGUGGAGUGGUGGUGGGCCCGUAUGGGUGAGACCGAGGGCUACAUACCCCGAAACCUGCUAGGGCUGUACCCAAGAAUCAAACAGAGACAGAGGAGUCUUGCUUAAAUUCCAACGGUUUUUACCAGGUUUUUGUUCAACGUUGAUUCUGCUUCACUUUGACUUGCAAAAACACUUCAAAGGAGUGAAUUUUGAAAGGAAAGGACAGUUGUUACAGGACUGUGAAUGAUAUGAAGGAUCAGUCUUUGCCUCAGCAUUGUCGUGUUGCUACGUGCUGUGUUGCGGACACCACUCCCCGGUGCUUGGUUGAAGUACACAUCGUUGACCUCGUACAUUUUAUAAAGAUGUUCGUCACAAGGCGAACCAUGGCCAGUUUAUAGGAACACUGUCUGCUCCAUAUUGGCAGGUGAGGUGUUGUUGCUGUUGUAGUUGCUUUUUUACUGAAUGACAAAUUGACAUUCCUUCUUGCUAUUAUACAUAAUUUUUAAUGGGGGAAAACACGCAAACAGUAUUUUUGCAUAGAAAGAGUUUUUCAGACCUGUUUGUAAGCAUACUUUACAUUAGGGCUGUUGUAAGGAUAGAAGUGUUUGAGGCUUUUUGUAAUUUGUAAUUUUUCAAGUGAGCUGCAGGGCUUUUGAGCAAAUGUUGGAAAGGUUUGUAUAACUUAAUGAUGCUGAUUUGUGAUUGAUUAUGUCAUUAUUUGGCAUCCCAAAUAACUGAAACAGUUCUAAGCCUCCAUCUGGACAGUCCCCAGUGAUUCUUCUACAGUAUGUGUUAGUCUUAUGACGUUUCUUUGAGUGUUAUUUCAAAUGUGUCCUUCAGGGGAAUGUGUGUGUGUGUGUCUGUGUG